CACACACACACUCACAGCCUCGAGAUGAACCGCUCCAUAUGAACACACACACACACACACUCACACAGCACACACAAACGCGCGCGCGCGCACAUGCACACACGCACGCUGCCGAAAAGGGGGGCGUCACAUUUUACUGUUGAGAAAAAAAAAAUCACCGCUGUAUUGCACAUCUGCCGAGAAUAUAGCGAAAAAAAGGGUCCGAAAACCGAGAAAUAGUAUGUGGGUCAGUGUGUAAGUUGUGAUCAAGUUGUAAGUUGUGAUCAAUGGAAAACACCCAGGACUUCACAUCCCAGAGUCUUUCACCAUUGUGUCCUAAGAUCUUACAAGCUGAACUGAUAUAUCCAUAUAAAGAAGGUCAGCAGUACUUUUUUUAAGAUGAAAUAAUGAAGAGCUAGUGUUUACUGGUGAGUGCUUCUGGUAUAUCCCUCAUCCCUGGAAGAAUUAUGGGCUGUGGAGGCUCUAGGACAGAUGCUUUGGAACCACGCUACCUGGAAAGCUGGACCAAAGAGACAGAAUCUACUUGGCUGACCAGCACAGAUACAGACAUUCCACUGUCUUCAAUCCACAGCAUCCCCUCAGAGACUUCGUCUGAGGUUGUGUUUGCAUCAGAGAAAACUGCCAACUCUGAUAUAUUCGACGAUGGCCUGCCAGCUCCUGCUCAGGCGUACCUGAAGGUGUGUUCUGCCAUGUCUGAAGCUAGACUUACUGAUGUGAAAGGUGGUGGUCCUCAUGCUAUACUGGCCUCUCAGGAACAGGAAGGGCUGCCUUCAACACCAGGCACCACUGUGCAGAGGAGAAGUGUUGUUCGCACUGAAGAGAUUUGGCAAGACAGCAGGAUGUCCACUAAGCAGGUGACCAUCACUGUAACUCAGAGCAUUCGUCAAGUGGACAAGAGUGGAAAGAUCAAAGAAAAAUCUCACACUACUUAUGAGGUCAUGAAACCUCGGGAUUGUUUGAAGGAAGCAGAAGCAGACUCUGUUCUGAAGUGAGACAAGAACUCAGCUUAGCGACUGACAUAAAGAGACUUAUGGAUCUUCAGUCUUGUUAAAAACGAUGAAGAGAAAGCAGUAUGGAACCAGAGGUCUGAUUUCUGGCAGAAGCACAGGUCUGUAAAUGUGGGAUCAAUCAUAGAGGGUUUAUUAGACUAUGUAGUUUUGUGUGAAAGCCACAUUUAGUUCAUUUAUACCAGAUACUUGCUUUUUAUUUAUCACUCUCCAGUGCCAUGUCUUUAUUAGAAAAGGGGCAAUGGAGUUAUUUGAAAUGGUACUCUGGAAAAACAGGGUAGAUUUUAUGACAAUCAAAGCAAACACCAGAAGACCUCUUAAGCUAUUUAAUAUAAAAGUAUCAUCAAAAACACAUGGCUACAUGUGUUUUAUGUGGGCCAGACACCAACUGUACUUAAUUAUCCUGCUAAUCAAGAGUGCCUUCUAAAGGUUUGACGGCUAAUUUACUUUUGCUAUUGAGACAAAUGGGAUUUCAUCGGGGAGUACUUAGCAAAUUAAUAUAAUAACUGGGCAGCACCGUGGAGUGGUGUGUAAUCAGUGCUGCCUCACAGAUCCAUGGUUCAGUCCUGAACUCGGGUUUCUGUAUGCAAAGAUUCACAUCAUUUCCACGUGUUCACUUGGGUUUCCUGCCCCAAAACGUGGAAGUAUGCAGACUGGCUAUGCUAAAUUGCCCCAAGGUGUGAAUAGGUGCAUGAAUGGUGUCCCACCCAGGGUAAAUUCUCCUGCUUUGCACCCAAGUGAUUAGUUCUGGAUCCACAUAG